AUGCGCGCGGACCACGACGCGGACUUUGCGACUUGGUUGCUUGAGCUCGGCAACGGCCGACUGCCCGCGGUCGACGGCGUUCCGAACACCGUGCAAAUCCCGCGGCAAAUGGUAUGCGACGUUGAUGAUUUGAUCGAUUUCGUGUACCCGCAGCAAAUGUCGUUGGCCAACGUCGACGAAUUCGCUCGGAGAAUCGUUGUGUGUCCCACCAACGAAGACUGUAGAGGUGUCAACAGGGACGUGCUGGAGCGCGUCGACGGUGCUCAGAUGAGCUACACCGCCGUCGACACCAUGAUGGCGGACGAUCCCGACGAAGUGGCCAAUUUUCCCACGGAGUUCCUCAACAGCUUGGAACCGGACGGCCUGCCGCCGUACCGGCUGACGUUGAAGGUGGGGUGCAUCGUGAUGUUGCUCAGAAAUCUCGAUCCGAGGAGACGACUGUGCAACGGUACGAGGUUGGUGGUCACCGAACUGCGGCGUCACAAUUUCAAGGCUAGGAUUUUGGGCGGUGAAGCACAGGACGACGACAUCGUCGUGCCCAAGAUACCGCUCACGUCCAGCGGCGAGGACGACCUGCCCAUCUUACUGCGGCGCCUUCAAUUCCCGGUGAGAUUGUCGUUCGCCAUGACCAUCAACAAGUCGCAGGGUCAGACGUUCGACUGUGUAGGUUUGUUACUGACGUCGCCUGUGUUCACGCACGGGCAACUGUACGUAGCGUUUUCGAGGGUGAGAAACGCACAGUCCGUGAGAGUCGGCAUGUACGCCGAUGACAGCGGCCGAUUCGUCACCAAGAACAUAGUGUACAGGGAAGUUCUGUAA